AUGAAUACCAAUCCGAUUGACCGUAGAAUUGCAAGAAAAUAUAAUUUUAGCGAAUCCCCAAAUCCUCCUACACCAAAGAGUAUCCCUGGAUUUCUCGACCCCCUUGUCGUCAAUGGAGGAAGCGGUGGAGCUGGUCAAAAACAGCAUUCGGACAAAGAAACUAGAAUACCAGAAUUCCCUAGAAGCUUAUUCACUGAUCCUCAACGAUUACAAGAAAAACUUGCUAUCCUUGGACUACCCGAAGACUCUAGGGACUAUAGUUUUCUUCUUGGAUUCGAUCGUGAGGGACAAGAAUAUGAUUACUUAUCCGCCAUCGAUAAUUUAUCAUCAAAGAAAGAGCUAGGAACCAUCGUAGAUAUGAACGACAGAGAUCUCGAAAAAAUCACAAAUCACGAGGAUAAUUCCGAGGCCUACAGAUUUUAG